UAAGCUUUUGUAAGCAAGCAAACCAACGCGCAACGCGCUACGCACACUACUUUUUACUGUCUGUCUCUCUCUCUCUACUCCUCUUACCCUUUCCCCCUUCUCAUCAUCUAGCUCGUUUUCUUCUUCUUCUUCUUCUUCUGGCAGCUUUGUACAUGAAUUUUUGAGUUCCCAUUCAAACAAAGAUCUAUCUCUCUCCUACAUUUUAAAGAGUGCCAUAAUUUCAGAUCUCAGGUAUAAGGCUCCUUUGCUUCUACAGAAAGCUGGUUAAAAAUGGAGGGUGGAAUAGAUGCUGAUGCACCUUUAGAUUAUGCUGCGAUUCAAAUUUUGCCUAAUCAAAACAGGGAUGGGGGUGUUAGGUACGAGGCAUUGAUUUACAGUGACAACAAAGUAGAAAAACUGGCAACUGGGCUUCUUGAACAAUUGUUGGCGAAUGUACCAAAAGUAAAUGACUUUUAUGCUAAAGGUUCUGAUGGUAGCUUUAAACUUCAACUUCCAGAAAACCUCAAUAGUGCUGCAUGGUUCACAAAAUCAACUUUGAACAGAUUCCUAUGUAUUAUUGGUUCAGCGGAUUUACUAGAGGUCACUAAAGCUAUUGAAGAUGAGAUGAUUCAAUUGGAGGAAGCCAAAAAAUUUCAUCUCUCUUUAUAUAGCCAGGACUGUCACGAUCAAUUUGGAAGUUCGGAAGCAGAUAGCUGUAACUCUAUGGAUGUGGAACCAAGAUCCAAACCUGAAGUUGAGAUUGCACCAUCAGAUGUUUCAAAAAAUGAACUGUUGCGAGCUAUGGACUUAAGGCUCACAGCAUUAAGAGGGGACUUAGCUGCUGCUUUUAACAAGGCUGUUGGUGCUACCUGCUCCUAUAAAGAAAUCACUGAUUUAGCACAAUUUUUAGAACAUUUUGGAGCAACAGCUUUGAAGAAAUCUUUUUUCAAAUUUGUAGAACUGAAUGAGGAGAGCCAGAGUGCUGGUCCUCUAAAUGAUGACAAGUCCUUGUUCACACACAAUUCAAGGAAUGACAAUGUAAACAAGAAAGAUGGGAGUACUUGGACAUCAAAACCUGUACAUUCAGUUAUACCAAUAAAAUAUGGUGUUUCACCAGCAAAAGUUGCCCAGAUUGAGCGAGAGGGCUCAACAGAAAGCGAGGAGUUUUCUGACUCAAGUGAUGAGUAUCAAACAUCUGCUGAAAGAAGUCGAACUCUUAUAAGGUCUGCAUCACCCAGGCGGUCAGCAUCUCCAAUGCGGAGGAUUCAAAUAGGAAGAACUGGAUCACGGAGGGCCACUGCAUUAACGAUUAAGAGCCUCAAUUGUUUUCCUGCUAGAGAGAGGGCAUUGUCUCAUAGAGACAUAGCUACAAACAAUAGUGAAGACGAAGGAUUUGAACAACCCAUUAAGAAACCUGAGAUAAAUGUGCAAAGAAUCAGUGUUCAAGAUGCCAUAAAUCUUUUUGAAAGCAAACAGAGGGAUCAUGCUACAGAUAUUCAGAAACGGAGGUCAUUAACAAAUAUCUCUAUCUGUGCAAAUAAAUCUGUAUUGAGAAGAUGGAGUUCAGGUAUGGGUGAAGCUUCUUCCCAAUGUCUGCCAGAAAUUGUUUCCGAAGACUCUUUUCCAGAGACUCCCAAUAAUGUCGCAGAUGGUGAGAUUUCAAUGUCUUCAGUAGGAGUGACUUCAGAGUCAGAAUGUAUAUCUAGAGGUCACAAUCUUGUUGAGACGUCUGAAGUAGAUGUAGGGCUAGAAAAGGGAGAAGAAAAAGCAUAUGAUCCAAUAGAUAUUCAAGCAGACAUGAAUGUUUUGGCAACUGAUGCUAAAGAAAUCCAAGGAGAAGAAAUUAUUGGAAAAUUAACAGCCUCAGAUGAAUGGAAUCGACAAAAGGAAGCAGAGUUAGGUCAGAUGUUGAUGAAAAUAACUGAAAAUAAGCCUGUUAGAUAUGCUAAGCCUCAAACUAGCAGAAAUAAAAAGGUUUCUUCUGAGAAGAGAGGUGGGUUUUAUGACCACUACAGGGAGAAGAGGGAUGAAAAACUUCGAGGUGAGAAUGCUAAAAGGCGAGCAGAGAAAGAAGUGCAAUUUAGAGAAAUGCAGCAAAUUCUUAAUGAGAGAAAAGCCGAAAUGGCCUCCACAAAUGGGAAUGAUGUUGGUAAAAAACAUGCUAUGCGCAAAACCCAAAAACCACAUAAAAGUUCAUCUCAACCUGUAAAUGCUAGAAAAGAAACCUCGAAGCCAUCUGUUACAAAGAAGGUUUCAUCUAAAGCAUCACCCCUGCCUGCUACACGCAAAUCAUGGCCGUCAACACCAUCGCCAAGAGCCACAAGGGCAUCACCAGGUAAAAUCAUAUGUUCUGUUGGCACUACACCAGCACGUCAGAAAUUCAACCCAGCACCAUCACUCCCUCGACCGAGCCCUAGAGUGGAAAAAUCCCAGGUGGGGCAGAGAAAUGUAAAGGAUACACGAAGUGAUCAUGACAGGAAUGUAAAGGGUCUGAAUGAGAAAAGGCAGGAAAGGGUGACAAACUCUUAUAAAACAACCAAAACGAAAGUUGUGAGAGUUUCUGGAGAUUGUUCUAGUAAAGAUUCAACAAAGCCUAGUUUCUAUAACAAAAUCACCAGGAAAAGCAGUGUAGUCCCACUGGAAUCAAAACCUUUUCUCCGUAAGGGUUCUCGGAGUGCCCCUGCUAUUGGUCCUGUUAACAAGAAAAAGCAUUCUCCUCAGGUGGAGGAAUGUUUGACAAACUGUCAAAAUUUAGUGGAAGCUCAAGAAAGUGAGGUAAUUAUUAAUGCUUCAGAUCUGGUCAGUCAGCAGCAAGAGGGAGAUGUUGUGUCAUUGGGUCUUCAUGAUGUUAUACAAUCAGAAACUCAGGUAAAUAGUGACUGGCAAUGUGGUGAGACUGAGAACUUUAAACCACUUGCUGCUGAUGGAGAUAAUGUCUUCAAAAUUCAGGAAGUUUCUUCAUUGAUAUCUCAAGUUGAGGAGGAAUCAAUUGUUUCCCCCAUGGCGUGGGUGGAAAUAGAAGAGCAUCAGGAACUGCCCAUUCCAUGUAAUGUCAGCACAUCUGAACUUGCAUCUCCAGCCAAUGUUGAACCUGUUGGAUUGUCAAUACGUGUACGUCAUUCUUUGUCCCAGAUGCUGCAAGAAGAAAGUAGUGAACCUGAUACUAUUGAGUGGGGAAAUGCUGAAAAUCCUCCCAUCAUGGUCUGCCAAAAAGAUGCCCCAAAAGGAUUGAAAAGGCUCUUGAAUUUUGCUCGGAAGAGCAAAGGGGAUGCCAGUAGUACUGGUUGGUCUAGUCCAUCCGUCUUUUCUGAAGGAGAGGAUGAUGCUGAGGAAUCUAAACCUCUAAGUAAGAGAAAUGCUGACAAUUUUCUUAGAAAGGCUGCUCUUCAAGCAAAGAACUUUGCACAGCAAAAGACUUCAUUAUGUGAAAGCUUCGAAAGAAAUUUGGAUGCUCGUGAACUACUCCCUGCUCAAUCAAAUUUAAGCAAAGUGAACGACCCCUUUUCUUCUCAAAAGUUGCAAGAGAGCUGUGACUCAGCUGUGGUCCCCACAACUAAAGCCACAAGGUCAUUCUUCUCUCUUUCAGCAUUUAGGGGCAGUAAACCAAGUGAGACAAAGCUACGGUAAUGCGAAGGAUGAUUGUAUAAUGAGCCGUGUUUAUUUACCUUCUCUCCCAUGCCAUAUGCAGGUGAAAUUGGAUCAAAGCAAAUUUAUCAUGCUUUUGCGAUGCUAUUGCAUGUACUAGAUAUUGUGCUCUACAUGCACAGAUCAGGGAGUCAUCCCUAUGCUUCUGCAGGUCAGGUUGGUUAAAGUGGGGCUCUGUAAAUUCAGAAGUAUCAUGAUGUUUGAUUUUGCAUCCGGCUGAACAUUUGGUUGCUUCCUUGUAAAGCUUUGAUGUCAAACGUUAAUCAAAUUAUAAUUAGUGUACUUUAAGAAUUUCACUAUACAUUAGAAUACUGUACGUACAAUAACAACAAAAUAAUUAGGCUUUGCUUAGGUUUGAGUC